AUGACUCUUGAUACCGAUAUCAGUGGUGCCCUGGAUGGGCUAUCACCGGACCAGCUUGCAUCAAUAGCUGAAAUAAUACGAGGAGCUAAAAAAGACCAAAUCAAGAACGAUACCAAACCACCACUUAGGCUUCCAAUCGAGGACACUGUUAAAUUAAUUCAAGACAUACAAUCUCUCGGGCUCAAACUGGGAGACAGAGAACCCAAAUUAGAGCGGUGGUAUCAAUCUAUACAUGCUCUUCUUGACAAUUACCACAAUGAACUAAAGCAAGACGAACUUCACCUGAACGAAGAGUUCAUCAAAUCACUCGACACAAUUGCAAAGAUAUUCAAAGUUCUCAAAAACUACCAGAACGAAUACAAGGACGAUCUCCUUGAUAACAAAGUGGAGAAACUGAUAGAUGAUUACAGACAAGGCAAGUUUGUGGAUCUUUCACAAUAUUGUAAUGAAUCAGAAACAAUGUCUGCAAUAAUCAAGGAAGUGGAGCAAGGAAUACUCAAGUUCAAACCAAUAUUAGUCGAAAAGAUCAUGGGAAUUUCCAAAGUGAUAAGGGAGUUCUAUACAAGAUUGGAGCUGGUAGAUGGCUAUAAGAAUGAGCGCUUCUUUAACGAAAUUCCAACUCCAGAGGAAAGUUUCAAGUAUAGCACAAUAGAGGAGGUUGAUGACAUAAAAGGUAUCAUGGCAACGAAAUUUAGUCGCUCCAGUCCUGUGCUUUUGGAGCAAAUCACGAACGAACGAGCAAACCUUGAGAAGUUCAUCAAAGUGAGAUGUACAGAGCUGAAUAAGACAAUCGAGGAAAUCAGAGAUUUAUCGCACGAACUUGAUAUGGAUGUCAAGCUGGAUCUAAAACAUUAUGACAAUGAGGACUUGAUACAAAAAGUGGGACUCAAAGGCCAAUGCUUCCAGCGUUACCAGGAUCAGCUAGAAAGUUUGAAAACAGAAAAAAAUCAUAGAAGCACGCAACUCAAUGCACUAAUGAGUAAACUGGAAGACUUGUGGGCUGUUCUCCGACCUAAUGAUAACUCGAUACAGGAUUUCCUCAAAAACAACAAAAACCUAAAGCUACAGUCUAUUGCAAACUUUGAGGAAUUGGUAGAAAAGUUGGAGCAAGAGAAGAAGGAGAAUAUUUCCAAAUUCAUCGAGUUAGCCAGAUCCAGAAUCCAUGGGUUUUGGGAUCUUCUGAUGUACGAUGAACAGGAUCGUCUUAAAUUCAAAGCAUACUAUAUCGAUGAUGAUGCAGAAUACAACGAGUUUCUGCUUGAAGAACAUAACGAAGAAAUCGCACGGCUGCGUUAUGAGGUUGAAAGUUUGAAGCCACUUCUACAGUCUAUUUCCAAGCUGGACGAGCUCCUGAGAGAAAAAUCCGAACUGGACGAAGCUGUUAAAGAUCCCAACAGGCUUCUCAAAAGAGAUUCUUUCAAAAUUUUAAGACAAGAGGAAAAAGUCAGGGAUAAACUAGCAAAACAGUUACCGUCCACCAUCAAUGACCUAAAAGAGCAACUUGUGAAUUAUCAGUCUGAAAAAGGCAGAGCAUUUAAAGUGAAUGGGAAGCCGUACAUUUUACAUCUGGAAAAUAUUGAAUCCGAGCUCUGCAGAAAACGGUCUUAUCGAAGAUCGCCCAUUCGCCCUUCACCUAUCAAGCCUAUCCAGAGAUCAUUGAGACGCGAGCCUGUUGUUUCUUCUGUGCGAAGAGACCAUUAUAAUGUUCAACCAAAGAGACAGUCAUUGGGGCUCAAAUCAGCACGCUCGAAAAUCUUGAAUCCUUAUAGAGAACCUACGAUCAUUGAAUCGGUUAUCAGAAAGACUCACACAAGUGAUAUGACCAAUCCAUUUGAUUCAAAAGAGAGCUCUCCCAUCAAAGAACGUUUGCGCUCCAGAUCCCCAGAGCAUUUGGACAGACAGCCUGAUAAUUCACAGUUAUACGUUCCGCCUGUUCAUCCACCUGUCUUCGCAAAAACAAAGCUUACUUCGCCAAACAAAGCUAUCCAGUUCAUGACAGGGUCUACUAUCUCUAACAAACCAAUUGUGAUUAAAGGAGGGUCCCCUAUCAGAUCUCAAGAAAAACCUCAACUGCGCACGAGGCCACAGUUAAUCAUGCCGAGUCUCUCUCCUGUCUCCCGCAGCCCUCCAAGGAAGAAAGUCCAAAUGGGGAAAUUGCCUGAUCCAUUGAGUUUGAAGCCACUGAAUUUUGAAAUGAAAAUUCCAUCACCACCUUCGUCACUCAGAACAAUCAACACUAGUCAGGAAACAAGCAACCGACGGGUUUUCUCUUAUGAAAGGCCAUCUGUUGCUGAAUUGAGCGAUUCCUUAAUCGAUUAUAGUGAGGAGGCUAAAGAAAAUGUCAAUCUCCUACCGGCCAAGUCAAAUGGAACCACUUCUAACCAAAUCCUGAAUGAUAUGUCAAUGAAUUGGGAUACCGAGACCUUUUAG